AAAUCUUUUUGAAAAUUUCAAUCUUGCUGUUUAUGAAAACUCAGUUUUGAGCUUGAUUUUAUGAUUCUCUGAAAGAAAGAAAUAAAGUUUGAACUUACGGUUGCUGAAUUCUUGUUAUUUUGAGGUAUGAUAGGCUUUAAGUUUACAGAGAUUCUAAAAGGGUAAGCAAAUAUGUGUUGGUUCAUUUUCAUUCAUGCUAUUUGCAAAAUCAGUUUGUAGCUCGAAUGUGUUUUUCUCGAAUAACGAACAAAAUCUUGGAAGUGGGAUAAGCUUAAAUUAACAGCAUUUGUAGAAAGGUAAAAUGCUGGGUUUUUUUUUUGGGUGCAAUAUUUCCCUGCUUAUGGAAACCAAAUUUUGAGAUUGAUUUUGCUCUAUUGUGGAAGGAGGAGCAAAUUUUUGUAGAGGAGCAAAUUUUUGUUUUCAAUUAGCUGGAACUUACACUUCAAAGUUGAGAUCUCAUCCCAUGACAGACAGCUCAAGUUUGAUGUACUUUUGGCUCCAUGUUAAUAUAUUUGUUUUGGGAAUGUGAAGGAGAAUAGGAAGUAGUGAAGCUUCAGUUUUUGGGAAUUUCCUGGGAUUUUGUUAGUGGAAAAAUGGGAUUUGAGUUGGGAGCUUUGCUAGGAAAGAUGAAUAUAUUAUCAUCAACCUCUGAUCAUACUUCAGUGGUAUCAUUGAAUGUUUUUAUUGUGCUUUUGUGUAUAUGUAUCGUGAUUGGUCAUCUUUUGGAGGAAAAUCGGUGGAUGAAUGAAUCCAUUACGGCUCUCAUUAUUGGUGUAUGCACUGGAGUCGUAAUUCUACUAAUUAGUGGAGGAACAAGCUCGCAUCUGUUGGUGUUCAGUGAAGAUCUUUUCUUUAUUUAUAUGCUUCCUCCUAUCAUUUUCAAUGCUGGGUUCCAGGUUAAAAAGAAGCAAUUCUUUCGCAAUUUCAUUACUAUAAUGCUGUUUGGAGCACUUGGUACUUUGAUAUCCUUUGUCAUCAUAUCCUUGGGUGCUAUUGGCUUUUUCGAGAACAUGAAUCUUGAACCUCUGAAAAUAGGAGAUUUUCUUGGUACCAUCGCCUAUUUUUUUUAUUUAAUUACUCUCUUCCCUAACAAUGCAACAAUUAAUGUGAUUUUCUUUUUAUUCAUGACCUUAUUUAUGAUUCCAGCAAUUGGAGCAAUCUUUUCAGCUACAGAUUCUGUUUGCACUCUACAGGUUCUCAAUCAGGAUGAAACCCCCUUACUUUACAGUCUGGUGUUUGGGGAAGGAGUUGUAAAUGAUGCCACAUCAAUUGUGAUCUUCAACGCGGUCCAGAACUUUGACUUGUCUCAUGUCAACACUAGUGUGGCUUUAAAGUUGAUUGGAAACUUCAUAUAUUUAUUUAUCACAAGUACUGUUCUUGGAGUUGUUGCUGGGCUGCUUAGCGCAUUCAUCAUAAAGAAGCUCUACUUUGGCAGGCAUUCGACUGAUCGUGAGGUUGCUCUAAUGAUGCUGAUGGCAUACCUUUCAUACAUGCUAGCUGAAUUAUUUGACUUAAGUGCUAUCCUCACUGUGUUUUUCUGUGGGAUUGUGAUGUCGCAUUACACCUGGCAUAAUGUAACAGAGAGCUCAAGAAUUACCACCAAGCAUGCUUUUGCAACAUUGUCAUUUGUUGCUGAAAUUUUUAUAUUUCUGUAUGUUGGUAUGGAUGCCCUGGACAUUGAUAAGUGGAAGAUUGUAAGUGACAGCCCCAAGACAUCAAUUAAAGUUAGCUCAAUUCUACUGGGACUUGUUUUGUUGGGAAGAGCAGCUUUUGUCUUUCCUCUGUCACUUUUAUCCAACUUGACCAAGAAGUCUCCAGAAGAGAAAAUUCACUUCAAGCAGCAAGUUACCAUAUGGUGGGCAGGUCUCAUGCGUGGUGCUAUUUCCAUGGCCCUUGCUUAUAACCAGUUCACAAGGGCAGGUUAUACCAAACUACCAGGGAAUUCAAUCAUGAUCACCAGUACAAUAACAGUUGUUCUUUUUAGUACAGUGGUUUUUGGCUUGAUGACUAAGCCUUUGAUAAGGCUCUUGCUUCCCUCACCAAAGCACUUGAGCAGAAUGAUCUCUUCUGAGCCAGUAACCCCAAAAUCCUUCAUUGUACCUCUUCUCAAUGGACAGGAUUCAGAAGGUGAUCCAGGUGCCCACGUGCCUCGUCCAUCAAGCUUAAGGAUGCUCAUGACUGCUCCAUCUCACACAGUGCAUUAUUACUGGAGAAAGUUUGACGAUGCCUUCAUGCGUCCUGUUUUUGGUGGAAGAGGUUUCGUGCCAUACGUGCCAGGCUCACCAACUGAACAAAACGACAAUCAAUUUCAUUGAAGGGUAAUAUUGCAGAAAGGCCACCAAAUUCACCAGUUUCCUCUAAUGCAAGUCACUUUUUUGGCCUCUUGAUAUUGUGUUUCGAGUGUUCUAGUGUUUCACUGUAGGGUUUUGUUCUAAUUUAUUAUAGUUUGCGAGGAGGGAUUCUCCAUUAGUUGUGGUCAUCAGUCAAAAUUUUGCCUAUGGGGGCAUUCGCUGACCCCAAAGUUUGUACAUGAGAACUUCAAGAGGUUCUUUUGCCCGUCAACAUAUUUCUAGAACACCAGAUCGGUGUAUGUUCCUUGAGAACUUGCCAUCUCAACUUGCAUGUAUAAUAGAAAUUUUUGGCCAUUAAUAUAUGUCAACAGUAGCAGAGUGCAUCUAUCAUA